CCCCGAGCCAGACCCGCGUCCUGCGCGAGGCCUCCUUCGAAGCGUCUCCGGAGAAGCUCGUCCGCCGCCGCCCGCCUCCCCGGCCUCGCUCGCUGCCGCCCGGCCCGCUCCUGCUCCCGCUCCCGCUGCCCGCGCCGGGCCCGCUGCUCCGCGCCCCCGACUUGGCGUCUCGGCUUCCCCGCUCGCCCGGACACCCGUGCGCCACCAUGAACUCCCGCCCCGCCAGGACGCUCGCUCUCGCCCUCACCCUGCUCCACUUGGCCAGACUGGCUCUCUCCACCUGCCCUGCCGCUUGCCACUGCCCCCUGGAGGUGCCCAAGUGCGCCCCGGGAGUCGGGCUGGUUCUGGAUGGCUGCGGUUGCUGUAAGGUCUGCGCUAAGCAGCUCAAUGAGGAUUGCAGCAAAACGCAGCCCUGCGACCACACCAAGGGGCUGGAAUGCAAUUUCGGCGCCAGCUCCAUCGCUCCGAAGGGGAUCUGCAGAGCUCAGUCAGAAGGCAGACCCUGUGAAUAUAACUCAAGAAUAUACCAGAACGGAGAAAGUUUCCAGCCCAACUGUAAACAUCAGUGCACAUGUAUUGAUGGCGCCGUGGGCUGCAUUCCACUAUGUCCUCAAGAACUCUCUCUCCCAAACUUGGGCUGUCCCAACCCACGGCUGGUCAAAGUGAAUGGGCAGUGCUGUGAGGAAUGGGUCUGUGAUGAGGACAACACCAAGGACCCCUUGGAUGACAGGGAUGACUUCCUGGGCAAAGAACUGACAUUUGAUGCCUCAGAAGUGGAGUUAACAAGAAACAAUGAAUUGAUUGCUGUUGGAAAAGGCGACUCCCUGAAGCAGCUUCCUGUUUUUAGAAUGGAACCCCGAAUCCUAUACAACCCCACUUUACGUGGCCAGAAAUGUAUCAUUCAGACAACUUCAUGGUCCCAGUGCUCAAAGACCUGCGGAACUGGUAUUUCCACACGAGUUACCAAUGACAACCCAGAAUGUCGCCUGGUGAAAGAAACCCGGAUUUGUGAAGUGCGGCCUUGUGGACUGCCAAUGUACAGCAGCCUAAAAAAGGGCAAGAAAUGUAGCAAGACCAAGAAAUCUCCCGAACUGGUCAAGUUCACUUAUGCUGGAUGUUCCAGUGUGAAGAAGUACCGGCCCAAGUACUGUGGUUCUUGCGUGGAUGGCCGUUGUUGCACACCCCAGCAAACCAGGACGGUGAAGAUGCGAUUCCGUUGUGAAGAUGGCGAGACAUUUUCCAAGAACGUCAUGAUGAUCCAGUCUUGCAAAUGCAAUUACAACUGCCCACAUGCCAAUGAGGCAGCAUUUCCCUUUUAUAGGCUGUUCAAUGACAUUCACAAAUUUAGAGACUAAAUGCUACCUGGGUUUCCAGCCUCAGGAACAAGAGAGAAGCAUGCCAGAAACAUGGAGACAUGGGUGGGGGCGGUGGGGGUGAAGGGACUCAUUGUAGAGAGGCUGCAUUGCUCAUUCUUGAGUAGUAGGAAGGUGUUCUGAAACUGCCAGGUAUGCUGACUGCAGAUGGACACUAAUGCACCGCGACUGGAGAAUUCUUUGCUUCAUAGUACUGGAGCACAUGUUACUGCUUCAUUUUGGAGCUUGUGGUAUCGAUCAUGUUCUGUUUGUAAAUUAUUUGGUAAGUGUAAUUUUUGCCAGACUUUUUUUCAUCCUUUGGUUCUACAGUUAUAAAAGAUAAUAAGACUAAUGGGACAUUAAAGCCUUUCAUCCUCUGACAGAUGUAAACAGAGGGCCUUCCAUCCUGACCUGAAGGGGACACUCUGUGAGUGUUCGUGAGAGGCAGCUACCUGCACUCUCAACUGCAAACAGAAAUCAGAUGUUUUAAGACUGAAUGUUUUUAUUUAUCAAAAAUGUAGCUUUUGGGACAGGACGGGAAAUGUAAUACUGGAAUAAUUUGUAAAUGAUUUUAAUUUUAUAUUCAGUGAGAAAAUUAUUUAUGGAAUUAAUCAUUUAAUAAAGAAAUAUUUACCUAA